UUUAUUUGCAUCAGGUUAAGCAAAAUGCAGGCUCCUUUGGCUCUCCUCAGCUCUCCAGCUCUGUUCCGCUGCUGUUCCAGGGCUCUGGCCAGACCAGCUUCAGUGUCUGUUUUCAGCAGGCCUGAGGUUCAGACGGUUCAGCCAGCCGGCGCUUCCCGCCCGCCGCUGACCCGCCGCGAGUUCCAGACCAGUGCUCUUUCCAGGGAUAUUGACACUGCUGCGAAGUUCAUCGGUGCCGGCGCUGCCACGGUCGGGGUGGCUGGUUCAGGAGCGGGUAUCGGGACGGUGUUUGGCAGCUUGAUCAUUGGCUAUGCCAGGUAA